AUGUCUUCAAACAACAACAACAACAACAACAACAACAACGACGACGACGAUGGAGGUAACGUGCCUCGUGGCUACACCGGCGUCUCUCCAGGAAUGAUGGCCAGCCUGUUGUACCCAGCGCCCACGGAACCUUCUGUUGGCUACAACCAUGGCGUGGGUGAUGUCAGUUCCCACAAGCCUGCCGAUGUUCGCCCGUAUGGGAGCUCUAUUGCACCGCCCAGAGAGGCACCGAAGAAAUAG